AACACUAACGUUAUCAAAACUCUAGUAGAAACCAAACCAUAAACAAAAAGAAGUAAGAACACAGAGACUGUUUAAACUAUAUUUUUUCUCGUUCAGUUUGUCAAAAAUUCAAAGAAGCUCAUCUGGGUUAUGUCUUGGAUGAGCGAUGUUUUCAUUUCUUAUUGAUCUCAACACCUGCAGUCUCCUGUAUUUGUUGUGAGAAGAGUUGAAUCAGGGAGAAAGAGAGAGCAAUGGAUCAGGAGAAUUUGAGUUUUAAUGCCUCAAAAUCAUCUGCAAAUGGUCAAUCCAUUUGCAGUAAUUUUGUUGUUGGACAGCCUAAUUCUACUAACAGUAGGAGUUAUGGCAUUGAUACACAAGCCCGAGCAGAAGGAGGAUCAUCACAAACUCUUAGUUCUAGCAGCAGCAGCAAGGAGCCUGUGAACAAGUGGAUGGCAUUUGAAAGAGAAGAUAAGACCAAGAUCACUUCUUCUGCUUAUGCAAUAACAGAAUUGAAGGGAAGUAAUAUGGCAGCAAAAGAUGAUGGAAGCUUCAAUAAUUUCAAUGGACAAUCCUCUUCCAACAAGAUAUUAACAGAAGCAAGCAUAGCAGAAAGGACAGCAGAAUGGGGACUUGUUGUUAAGUCAGAUUUGGGGGAAGGUAGUUUCAAAGCAAUAAAGAUUUCAUCUGGAGACGGAGAUGGAUGCAAAUACCCAUCGGAGAGAUUCACAGCCAAGUCAACAAGGUCAUCAGAGGAAUCAGAAGCAAAAUCCUUUCCUAGGGUAUCACAAGAGUUGAAGGAUGCUCUGGCAACCCUACAGCAAACAUUUGUUGUGUCUGAUGCCACAAAACCAGACUGUCCUAUAAUGUAUGCCAGUAGUGGAUUUUGAAUGACUGGCUAUACUUCAGAGGAGGUUAUUGGAAGGAACUGCCGGUUUCUUCAGGGACCAGAAACAGACAGGCAAGAAGUGGCGAAGAUACGAGAUGCAGUGAAGAAUGGGAGAAGCUACUGCGGUAGGCUUGUCAACUACAAGAAGGAUGGCACUUCUUUCUGGAAUCUGCUAACUGUCACCCCUAUCAAAGAUGACAGAGGCAAUGCAAUCAAAUUCAUUGGAAUGCAGGUGGAAGUCAGCAAAUAUACUGAAGGUAUUAACGACAAGGCUUUACGCCCUAAUGGAUUGCCCAAGUCUUUAAUCCGCUAUGAUGCUCGUCAGAAGGACAAGGCUUUAGGUUUCAUCACAGAGGUUGUUCAAACUGUCAGAGACCCGAAAUCUCACAUUCGAGCAAUGAGCCAAGACACACCCGACAGCCUUGAUUAUGUUCUGCCUAAAUCUGUUGACUUUGAUGCCAUCAGUUCCAGUACACCUGGACAAACUCCUCAGUUGAACUCCAUAGAUGAUGUUUCUCGGGAAGCUGACAAGAAAACUAGAAAAUCAAGUCGCAUUUCCUUGAUGGGGUUCAAACCAAGGUCUAUAAGUUUUGCUGGAAAACGAGAAGCACCACCACCAACUGUUGAACCAGAGGUUUUGAUGACCAAGGAGGUAAAACUCUCCGACAGUUGGGACCAUGCUGAUAGAGAAAGGGACAUACGCCAAGGAAUUGAUUUGGCAACCACACUGGAGCGCAUUGAAAAGAAUUUUGUGAUCACAGAUCCUAGACUUCCUGAUAACCCUAUUAUAUUUGCAUCCGAUAGCUUUCUUGAACUAACGGAAUAUACACGUGAAGAAAUCUUGGGAAGAAACUGUCGGUUUCUUCAAGGACCUGAAACAGAUCAAGCAACAGUCUCAAAGAUAAGAGAUGCUAUUAGAAAGCAGCAGGAAAUUACUGUUCAAUUGAUCAACUACACCAAAAGUGGAAAGAAAUUCUGGAACUUAUUCCACCUGCAACCUAUGCGUGACCAAAAGGGUGAGCUUCAAUACUUCAUUGGUGUUCAACUAGAUGGAAGUGAUCAUGUGGAACCCCUUCGAAACCGCCUUUCUGAAAAGACUGAACUACAAAGUGCUAAGAUGGUUAAAGCUACUGCUGAAAAUGUUGACGAAGCUGUUAGAGAACUUCCUGACGCCAACUUGACACCAGAGGAUUUGUGGGCAUUGCAUUCUCAGCCCGUCUUUCCACGGCCUCACAAAAGGGACAGUGCUUCAUGGAUAGCAAUACAAAAGAUCACUUCCAGUGGUGAGAAAAUAGGAUUACAACAUUUCAAGCCCAUAAAACCCUUGGGUUGCGGUGAUACUGGCAGUGUUCAUCUAGUGGAACUGAAAGGUAGUGGCCAAUUGUAUGCGAUGAAGGCAAUGGAAAAAUCUAUGAUGCUGCACCGUAAUAAGGUUCACCGAGCAUGCAUUGAAAGAGAAAUCAUUUCGCUUCUGGAUCAUCCUUUCCUUCUCACGCUAUACGCUUCCUUUCAGACUUCCACACAUGUUUGUCUGAUAACAGACUUUUGCCCUGGUGGAGAGCUAUUUGCAUUGCUUGACAAGCAACCUAUGAAAUUUUUUAAGGAGGAAUCUGCAAGGUUCUAUGCAGCAGAGGUUGUCAUUGGCUUGGAAUACCUUCACUGUUUAGGAAUAAUUUAUCGAGACUUAAAGCCAGAAAAUAUUUUGAUCCAGAAGGACGGUCAUGUCGUUCUAACUGAUUUCGAUUUAUCAUUUAUGGCAUCCUGUAAACCACAAAUAAUAAAGCACCCGCCUCCUAGUAAACGAAGAAGCUCUAGGAGUCAGCCACCACCAACAUUUGUUGCAGAACCAGUAACACAAUCAAAUUCUUUUGUUGGAACUGAAGAAUACAUUGCUCCUGAAAUAAUCACAGGCACAGGCCACAGUAGUGCCAUUGACUGGUGGGAUCUUGGUAUUUUGUUGUAUGAGAUGUUAUACGGUCGUACACCUUUCAGGGGAAAGAACAGACAAAGGACAUUUGCAAACAUUUUGCACAAAGAUCUAACCUUUCCAAGCAGCAUUACUGUUAGUCUUGCUGCUAGGCAAUUGAUUAAUGCACUAUUGAGCAGAGAUCCUGACAUCCGUUUAGGAUCAAAGACUGGUGCAAAUGAAAUCAAACAACAUCCUUUUUUCCGUGGAAUUAAUUGGCCUCUUAUACGCUGCAUGAGCCCACCACCUCUGGAUGUUCCUCUCAAAUUAAUUGUAAAAGAUCCGAAGGCCAAAGAUGUUUCAUGGGAAGAUGAUGGAGUGCUUGAAUCGUCCAUAGAUAUGGAGAUUUUCUGAAGACAAGUGCUGCUCCAAGUGACAUCUCAUGAAAGCAUUGCUCUCUUAUUUGUUUAUAUUAUGUCCAUUGUACCGGAUUACUAAAAAGAGAUUAUGCAGCUUUAUCAGUGUUUUGUAUGUUCCGUUAAGGCAUCGUAUAGGUUUGCCUCAGCUUAUAAAGCAAGAAACUGUAGUAACAUGCGAGAUUUAAUAGACUAUCCAUCUACAAGCACAUAAGUUUUAUGGGAGUUGAAA